CCUGCAUUCCAGCCACGAAACCAUUGGGCUAACAGCACUUCUGUAUAAAAGAUGGAAGACGCUGUGCAGUGGGUAGCCAAUGUGAUGGACCAUAAAACAGGAGUAGAAAAGAAAGUUCAGGAAGAGGAGAGAGUGAGACGGAUCUCCUCAGACCUACAAUGUGAGAUUCUGGACCUGAGUGGAGGAGAGAAUAUUACAGAGCCGUGCAAAAGGAAAAAUAAGAUUAAGAAAUACUCACCUGGGGUGUCUGUGGGAAUUCCUGUGACACAGCCUGAGGAUACUGCAGAAUUCAUGAAUGCAGCCAGUCAAGGCAAACUGAAUGUAAUGGACAAGUAUCUGGCUGAUGGUGGGAACCCUAAUAUACACGAUGAGUUGAAGAGGACAGCACUACACCGCGCCUCUCUGGAGGGACACACUGCAGCUGUCCAACUUCUUUUAGAAAAAGGAGCCGAUAUAAAUUUUAAAGAUCAACUGGGCUCCAGAGCCAUACACUGGGCCUGCAGAGGAGGAAGGCUGGGAGUUGUCACAGCCCUGAAAAGCCAUGGCGCUGACCUGAAUGUUAGAGAUAAGUUGAACAGCACUCCUCUGCAUGUGGCAACAAGAACCGGCCACACCGCUAUUGUGGAGUACCUGCUGUCCUGUGGUGCCAAAAUGAACUACAGGGACAGGGAAGGGGACACAGCCCUGCAUGAUGCUGUUCGCCUCAACAGAUACAAGAUAGUUAAGCUGCUCAUAGUUGCAGGAGCUGACACAGAAAUAAAGAAUCAUGAAGGAGUGACAGCAGUGCAGCAGGUAAAACAAUGGCAGUUUGACAUCAUGGAGACCCUGCAGAGACUGGAGAAGCUGAAGGAGGUGGGACUUGUGCCGCCUGAAAGCACCUCGAGAGAGGAGUGAAUAAUGCAGCUUGUUGCUGCUCAUCUGCUCAUACAGUAUAUUCUUUACGUCAAUUUAUAUGACUACCUGUCUCAGGUUAAAAAAAACAAAAACAUUCUGUAAUGCCACUGUAGGUCUGUGUAAGCGAUAUUUAAGUAUGCAUUAUACAGGAUGUACUCACCAACAAAAUCUGUCUUUCCAGGCCAUGGCUACUAAACCUUUGAGAUUAGACUGAACUCUGACACUAAAAGAUACCAUCUUGGCUGUGAUGCUUUCAAAAAUGAUCAGCUUAUCUCCCGAAGGAGACAAAAACAUGUGGAUGAAGAAACAAAGCUAAAUUUAAACUCAGACAGAUUUGCUUCCAAAGGAGCUUGAUAAUCUCAGAAGCACUCUCAUGGAUGAUGCAUAUCUGAUUUGUGAUGCGUUUUUUAAGUUGAAUAAUAUUACUACACAGGGCUUUAUAGAAGCUGCGUUUGAAUAUACAUCAAGAGGUCCUUGUUUUAUUGAGGCGACAGCACACAGUAGCACUGUGUGUGAGACAUCAGCUGACGAUAGCAGAGAUGGCUGGAAUGCCCCCGCUAAAGUCAGGGAUUCAAGGGGAGCUCAGUGGACAUAUUUUCCUUCUACCAUCAGUGGCUCAAAUGUUCCUGAGGGCGGUUGGCUUUUCACACUGGAGCCACCAACAGCUUGCAAUGUAGUUGUUUAUAUAGUAUUAUAUAUACAGCCAUUCAUUUUAUGAGCACGUUGUGUUCAACAAAUUUUGUGAAUUUAAAAUUUGGUUUUGAAAAGCAUGCAUGUGCUCAUUGUAGUCGAUCAUCAGAUACACUAUCAGCCACACGCAGUAUUUCCUGCUCCAAGCAAAGCAGUGUAACGGUCAGAGACUUUAGUGGGAGAGACACAACAUGUACACUACAAGGUUAUACAAGCGUUGUCAUUUAUUUUGUCAGCUUCACCCUAACAGAGAUAUUACAGUAUAUUGUAAAUGUAAUAUAGGACUCAUGCAUGUUUUACGGCUUUAGUUCUGUCGUUUUCAAUUCCAGAUGAACUACACACACGAUGCUGUUGCUGAGGGCUAGUGUAGAAUAAGAAGGGGGAUGGGGAAACUGGAAGCUUCUGCUUUGUGCUGUGUAGCAGCCAAAAAACAGAGGAACCUUUUUACACAUUGAACGGUUUAACUUCUUUCCAUAGAUGCAAAUGUCGCACAUUUUAUCCUC